UUAAGAAACAUGAAACAUACACACGUAACAAAUAAAAUACUCCCUCCUCCUUGUAUACUAGUACAAGGCAAUGAGGCAUGGCAAAUAAACAAAUAAAGAUAUUGAAACUUAGAAGAGGCACCAAAUAGGCCUCUCAACUCAGAAGAGCCAAUUAAUCAAUCUAUUAUUGAGUCAUCAUUUUCAAAUGCUGCCAUUACUACUACCAAAUUGGUCUCUCUUGCCAUUCAUGACACAUGGUGCUAAAUGGGUACCAAGAAGGAUGAUGAUGAUGAUUAUGUGCAACUAUUAGUUGAAUCACCUAUACUGUUUUUCGUUCUUUCUCAUAAAGCUGUUGAAACUGAGCUUGCUCAGAUUCGUCGUGUAGCAGUUGAAGCCUUGGAUAGUAGUACUGGUGGUGAUCAAGUAGUUGAUGAACUUUGCAGGAGGUUACAUUUCUUGAAAAUUGUUUAUAAGUACCAUUGUGCUGCUGAAGAUGAGGUCCUUUUUCAAGCACUAGAUGAACAAGUGAAGAAUGUGGUUUUCACAUAUUCACUUGAACACAAUAGUAUAGAUGUUCUGUUCAGUUCCAUCUUCGAUUGCUUGGAUCGCUUACAAAAGGAUAAAGAGGAUGUUUCCGUGCUGUUUAAUGACCUUACAUGUAGCAUAGGUACCAUCCAGACAACCAUUUCUCAGCAUAUGCAGAAAGAAGAGGAGCAGAUUUUUCCAUUAAUGAUACACAAGUUCUCUGCCACAGAGCAGGCUACGUUUGUUUGGCAAUACCUAUGUAGCGUUCCUCUAAUGAUACUGGAGGAUUUUAUGCCCUGGCUUACUGCUAGUAUUUCUUCACAUGAAAAGGUGGACUUUCUGAAUUUCAUACAUAUAGUCAUACCUGAAGAAAAACUUAUUCGCGAGGUCUUCAUCUCAUGGCUUGAUGAUAACAAGGAAGCAUCUUCGUGCUCCUCCAUAAAAUAUGAAAAAGGAGCAAAAAUUCUUUAUGGAAAAGCCAACAUGAAGUACAUAUUUGAAAUGGAUGUGCAAAUGGUUAAGAGUAGGGAAAUGCAGCAGCAGCAGAAGAUCUCAGAAGGACAUAAUCCAAUUGGUGGUUUUCAUAUCUGGCAUGCUGCUAUUACGCGAGAUCUAAGAGUAAUUAUGAAGGAACUAUAUCAAUUAAGAAGCUCGCUUUGUGUUUCAACCUUGUUAUCAGUGAUUACACAAUUGAAGUUUUUUGCAGAUGUGUUCGCAUUCUACAGCAAUGCACUGGAUCAAAUCUACUAUCCCUUGGUAGAUCAAUUGAACAAGGAUUCCCCCUCGACUUUUCAUGAACAAUUUAUUGAAAGAAGUCAAAUUGAAGAACUGCAAAGAUUGUUAUACUAUAAGCUGCACGAGGGGAUACAAUUAAGGGUUUUCGUAGAUAUGCUUUGCCAGGAAGUGGAAUCAUUUGUUGGGAGGAUAAACAAAAAGCUGCAGUUUCUAGAUACCGAGGUUUUUGUGUUCAUUAGAGAGACCUGCAGUAAUGAAUUGCAGCUUUGGUUAUUGUACAGGAGCCUGCAGAUGUUACCACUUGGAUUGCUAAAGUGCGUGAUUAUUUGGUUCUCUGCUCAUUUAUCCGAUGACGAGUCUAAAAUGAUUCUGAACAAUAUACAGUUGGGAUCUGCUGUUGUUAACAAGUCAUAUGCUACUCUCUUACAUGACUGGAUUCGGAUGGGUUAUUCUGGUAAAAUCUCCGUUGAGAAGUUUAGAAAAGAUCUGGACGAAAUGUUCAGUAGCAGAAGCUAUAUGUUUGAAAAGUGGAGCAAGAAUUCUGGAAGUUCUUCCUCGCACUCGGAAAUGCAUUCAUCCAUGACAUCAAAUAACGCUAGAUCUUAUCGCCCUUCUACACUUGACAACAUUGGGAAGCAUGAUACAGCUUAUUCUAAUGGGAUCAAUCUUCAUAUAUUCUUCUCUGAUUCACUGAAAAACUUGUGCUGCCUUCCUGAAACUUCUGCUGAUGGAAUGCGAUUUUCCAGACUUGAUGUAAAACCAAUUGACUUUUUCCAUUUCUUCCACAGAGCCCUCAAAAAAGAUUUGCAGUAUGUUCUUUCUCUGUCGGUUAAGUUGGCUGACGAUGUGGGACUCCUUGCUGAAUUUAAAAGACACUUCCAUCACGUACAAUUUCUCUAUCAACUGCAUAGUAAGUCGGAGGAUGAAAUUGCCUUUCCUGCCUUGGAAUCUAGGGGACAACUCCGAAAUGUCAGCCAAUCAUAUGGCAUUGACCAUAAAUUGGAGGUUAAGCAAUUCGACAAAAUUUCUAUCAUCUUAAAUGAGAUCACAGGUCCCCGAGGUGCUGUAGCCAUGGUUGACAGUAAUAAGCUGAAAUACAAAAGUUGUUGCUUAAGUCUACAUGAUACAUGCAUAUCUAUGCACAAAACACUCACUGACCACAUCUACCGUGAAGAAAUUGAACUUUGGCCUCUAUUCGAAGAACAUUUUUCUGUUGAGGAACAAGAAAAGAUUAUUGGAGACAUGCUUGGACGAACCAAAGCGGAGAGCCUACAAGAAAUGAUUCCCUGGUUGAUGGCAUCUCUAACAUCAGAAGAACAACAUGGAAUUAUGUCAAUCUGGCGCAAAGUCACAAAGAAUACAAAGUUUUUUGAGUGGUUGGGAGAGUGGUGGGAAGGUAUAAAGAGAGAUGAGACAGCAAAUGCAGAAAAGGUGUCAAAGGUUUCUCUCGCAUUGGCUGUUGAUCCUUUAGAAGUUGUAUCUACAUAUUUGUCAAGAGAUGAUUUCAGGAGUUCAAGUGUCUGCAACAAAAAAGGGGAGAACUUUUCACCGGCCGAGUCUGCUGAUCAUGAUUUUGAUCAUUCUGGAUCUUUCAUUGCAGAUAAAACCCAGACUGCCAAGGGAAACAAAAAUGUUGAUCGAUCCGGAGAUAUACUACAGCAUUCUACUGAGGUUGACAAGAAAAGAUGCAACGACGCAAUUGACAUUUCUGAUCAGAGAGAGACAACUUGUCAGGAUAUAAAAUCAUAUGACCAGUCAAGGCAAAAGGAGUGCCAUCUAAUGCUGACUCAGGACAAGCUGGUUGACGUAAUAAGAAGAGUAUCAUGUGACUCCUCUUUGGAUUCUGAAAAGAAAUCACACCUCAUGCAGAGCUUACUAAUGAGUCAAUGGAAUUUGACACAGGAGAAGUCUCAUUCAGAGGUUGCUUCUGCAAAAGAUAAGGAGACAGUCACUGGUCGACGUCCGUCAUUUCGUGAUAAAACGGAAUCAGUUUUUGGUUGCAAGCAUUACAAGAGGAACUGCAAGCUACUUGCCCCAUGUUGUAAUGAGCUUUUUCCAUGCAUACGGUGUCAUGAUGAAAUUACGGAUCACUGUCUGGACAGAAAAUCUAUCACCCAGAUGAUGUGCAUGAAAUGCUUGAAAAUACAACCUAUCUGUCCCAUUUGCUCAACACUCUCAUGCAACAAUUUCUCCAUGGCUAAAUACUACUGCCGAAUAUGCAAAGUGUUUGAUGACGACAGACAGAUAUACCACUGCCCUUUCUGCAAUUUGUGCCGAUUGGGGAAGGGAUUAGGCAUCGGAUACUUUCAUUGCAUGACAUGCAACGCUUGUAUGUCAAAGUUUCUCUCUAUUCACACAUGUCGAGAAAAGUGCUUGGAGGAUAACUGUCCAAUCUGCCAUGAGGACAUUUUCAAUUCACCCUCUCCAGUUAAGGGACUUCCUUGUGGUCAUUUCAUGCACUCGACAUGUUUUCAGGACUACACUUUUACGCAUUACACAUGCCCAAUCUGUAGCAAGACAAUUGGGGACGUGAAGGAGCUUUUUGAGAUGUUAGAUGCAUUUCUGUCCGGGGAAAAAAUUCCCGAGGAGUACGCUGGCCAGAUUCAGGUUAUAUUAUGCAAUGAUUGUCAAAAGAGAGGAACUGCUCCCUUCCACUGGCACUAUCACAAGUGCUCACAUUGUGGUUCAUACAAUACAAGGCUUAUAUGAUCUAAAUCCAGAGCGGAUCCAAGAUUUUAAGUUUACGAGUUUUGAAUUCUAAGACAUAUUAAGUGGAUUUUUAACACGAAUAUAAGUUAGCCAACACUACUAGGUUGUGUCGAACCCCUAACUUCAAUGGUAGAUUCGCCCGUAUGUUUCUCAGACUAUAGAGGAAGUGUGGCGGUUAUUCACCUUGAAUUAAUGCUUGGGAUGCAUGAAACAGUAGUGGUUUUUUCGUAGUCGAUGAAUAAUAUAUAUGUUUCAUUUUCGUCAUU